AUGCAGUCCAGGAAGAGUGAAAGCACGCAAUCGAAAUUAGCGUACCAGCCGCACGUGUGUUUUGGCUGUGUGAGUGCUUUCGGACAAGCGGAGCCUCACGGCGCAUCUUACGAGAACGUUUCCGAGGCUCGUUUUCUUUUGACAGAGUCCCUCGGUGAUAGAUUCCAGAGGUUCAAGAUGCGGUGGUUAGCGUUGGUUUUGGUGUGUGCUACCAUAGUAAAUGUAAUUUCGGAACCUGAUCCAAAAAAGUAUAAGCAAGAUGAUGGAGAAAAAGAUAAAAAAUCAGAAUCACCUUUGACUGACGAUGAAAAAUCAUUCUUGAGGGAAGUUGAGGAAAAGUUUGGCGUUAAAUCAGAGAUUCCAGUUGAAAGACAAAAGAAUGAUUCAGACAUUACAAUAACAGCAACUAACUCAACUCAAAAAGCCCCGUUUCCGGCUGUAAUAGCCAUAGAAAUAGUAAAUGACACAGACUCAAAGUCAAAAGAAAAGAGAACUAUAGAUGCAAACCUUGGUUAUGGGUACCGAACUCACAAUGGAUAUACCUACACUUACUUCGGGAAACCAACACAAGAAAAAGGAAAAUUUAUGAUUUACCCAUAUUCACAACAAAAUGCUCCAUCAACUAACGGGCACAGUGCCGAGUACCGGCAGCACUUAUCAGAGAAACAUUUACAAAGAACAAGCGUAGAAAUUCAGCCCUCACAAGCUUUUGAACUAGUAUCGGUAAAAGAUGGACAGUAUGAAGAGAAGACAAGGUCACCAGAGUCUCCACAAUCUUAUACAAAUGAUGCACCUACAACACAUCCAUCUACUUUAUAUACAACAUAUAACGGCCAAGAAUUAACUGGAUUAAGUGGACAAUUUCCUAGCUUACAAUCGAAUUAUUUUGUUGAGCCAAAACAACUCCUCGCUAAUCCUCAAUAUCAGGAAGUUGGUCUAAAUCAGGAUUACUUGAGUACGAACAGCUUGGAUCAAAAUCGUCCAGUGGUUCCCGUUCUUGUUUUAAGAAUUCCGAGUUCAUAUCUUAAAAAUCCUACUGCUGAAUUAUAUGCAAAUUUACCAAAUAAUUAUCCGUUAUCGCACUAUUUAAACAAUGUUAACCUUCAAGGAUUGGUUAACCAGUAUUUUAAAAAGAACGGUUACGAUUUUGCUCCUCAAGUGAGGGCCUAUCAAAGUCAUAUUGCUUCUUCCGCUAUCACACCAACGGUUUCGUCAGCCUACAGUACUGAACCACAACAAUAUUCAAAUCCCCACGUCCAGCCGUCCUACACUCAAGCUGAUUAUUCUGGAGUGCAAUAUUCAGCGGUAAAACCAGUCAUGGCAAAGUAUCCAUCAGGUUUCACGAAGCAUUUAAAUAGUCAAGCACAUUAUAGAAGACCAACCCAACAGCCAAAAUACGAGUAUCGAUACCAACAUGCCCCUCAACCAAACGCACAUACACAAGCCUUUUACGGACAAUCGGAGUAUCAGAACCAACAGCAGCCAACAGUGGCAUCCUACGAAUUACAAAAUGAACACACUAUAGUUAAACCAACUGUGGAAACUGGUAGUUCAGAAAUUGGGUCUCCUCAAUAUACUGCAGGUCACGAUACAAAGGUCAUCUCCGUGCAAUAUGACAGUAAUGUUCCGUCGCAUUCAUCACUGGUACCAGAAAAUCAGAGUGGCGAGAAAUCUCAAUAUGAUUACUCUAAAGAGACUCAGGCUGAGUACAGUCCUCAACAAACUUUGUCUCAAGACUAUAACAGUAAAUCAUUGUCACAUUACGAGUCAUCUCAAAUCGCUAACGCCUAUUAUUUGCAAAAGCAACCAGGACAUGCGGAAGCUUUAAGCUCAUAUCCUUCUCAAGCCUCAAGCGAAGAACAGGGCCAACAGUCCUAUCCAGAAUUAACCGCAACGCAGGGUUAUGAAUAUGUUAAACCGGGAGAAGAACAAAUCAGUAAUUCUUUCUUGCUAUCGGAAAAUUAUCCAAGCAAGGAUCAAAUCGCAACGGUUUUACCUUACAGAUAUAAGCCGUUGAAAAGACCGAAUACCGCGACGGUUCAAACGGUAAGCUACGUGACUCCCGAACCACAUCCAUCUAAGUAUCAAUCGCGUUAUAAAAUAAUGGUACCGCAAACUAUACUCAAGAGCCAAGAUAGUGAGAAGGUUACGUACGUCAAUUCAAUGCCCAUGCAUUAUACUAAAGCAGGGUAUUACAGCCAAGAUCAUAGCUCCGAAGAACAGUAUAACAUCGGAACUCACUAUAUUCCACAGAUAAAUAAACAAAAACAACCUUCUUACCCGAAGAAUUACCUCAGUUAUCUUAAACGUAUGACCAGACCCGGUAUUAAGAGCGAAGGAUCACUUUCCAAAAAGCAGAGUGAAAAGAUAACGUCG